AUGACGUGGCAGAGGCGCCGCCCCGCCCCGCGGAGCUUGCCAUUGGUCGAGGUGGGGGAAGAGGGGCGGGGCUUGAGGAGAGGGCUCUGGCUGGUGCGGAGGAAGGAGCGGAGUCGGCGCUGGGAGUCGCCGCGGGAGGUGAGCGCCGGGAGGGGGCGCGGGCGGCGGGCGGCGGGGGGGGAGAAGAGAGAGAGAGUUAAAUCGCAUAUCGUAUAGCUUCUUGUUCAAGCGGAGCCAGAGCAAUGAGUCGCGUUUUCGUUUUUUAUAAAGAAAAUAACGAUUGUGCCAAAUUUGAGCAGCCCUAGCAGGGCACUUCAGAGUGGGUUUUAUUUGGCUUCUGUCACGGUUAAUGCAGUUUGACGGUGCUUUGCAGAGCAGCAGAAAAGGCAGGUGGCAUAAAAGGAGCGCAUACUGUACAUGUGUGUGUAUAUACAGUAUCUAUAUCUAGAGAGAGAGAUAAUGUUAUUUUUAUAGACACAGCAUAAUGAUGUUUUCUGUGUCACAUCUGGCAUCCCCAUGUUAUAAGGAAGUUACCAUAGUCAGUGGCAGAAGUAUGAUGUGGCUCGAUGACACGAGUGAGGCGUUUGUGUGCAUGCGUACGAGUCUAGCAAGCUGGUCUGUUUGUUGCAGUAACUCUGGGGUGCUUCAAAAGGGCGCAUAUAUAUGCAGAGAAUAUAUAUGUACUAUAGAGGACACGGGGAUAAAAAAAGAAAUGGGUGUUAUUGGUGUUUAUAGUAAUAUUGGGGGUAUGCACUUGUUACUGUUUGUAAAGGGUGUGUGUGUGUAUGUGAUACUGCUUUUAACUGUUGCGUGAUUUCAUGCCACCUUGAAUUCCUUUUUUGGAAAAUAAGAUGGGAUGUAAGCACUAAAAUAAACACAAUUUAAAAAAGAACAACCCUGUUUCAGUAUUUGCCUUUACAGAUGUGAACUAGGCUAUCUUUGCCUCCUUGUGCCGGAGUCUUUCCCCCUGCAGAAAGAACUGUUCACUUAGAUAUCACUGGAAUUGGCGCUUUCCCCUUCUUAAUGGUGGCCUUCGUGGAUCAAGAUUCAGGCCAGCAUCCUGCACAUCCUUUUCAAAAUGUCUUAUGUUCUAAAUUCCAGUUUUGUAAAUCAUUCCACAAAAAAUAGUGGGCUUCAAAUAUUUUGAUGAGGUUAUUAAGAGGCAAGUGACCUGUAAUUCCAUGCUAGCCAUAGACAAAGAUUAGUCACCUCCACUGCAUGAAAAUGCAAGCUAGUAAGGAAAAGGGAAAGUGCCUUCUAACUAUGCCUUUUCUUCUGCUUUUUAUUAUGUAUUUUGUGUUUUUUAUCUUGUAUUUUUAUGUUCUGAACUGCCCUGAGAUCUAUGGGUAAAGAACAGUAUCAAAAUUUAAUAAAUAAACAAGGAAGAGGUUUUCCUUCUUUUCACUAGCAUGGAACCCAAGUAGUUUGGUAAAUGUGGGGAGGAGUGACUCACCCAUCUCCCAGUCUACUCAAUUACUUUCUUGAAUCUCACCUAUGUGACUACCUGCUUGGCUAUGGCUACCUGGUGAGUUGUUAAAUUCAAGGCUGCUGUAGCUGGGGGAAGUGCAAAGUGUUUUUGGGCUAAGAGUUUCUCAGUGAGUCUUACUGUUCUCUUCUCCUCCAUAGGCCAUGGACGGGGACAAUGAGAUCCAUGAGCUCCAGCGCUGCUUGGCUGAGGCAGGACAGAGCCAUCUGCUUCGGUUCUGGGAAGAACUGGAUGUGUCAGAGCAGCAAGAGCUGUAUAGAGACUUGAAGGACAUGAAUCUGGGAGAGCUGGGCCAAGCUUUCCAGAAAGCCAUGAAGGAAAGCAGCCAUUUGCCAGGACAGGAGAACGUGGAUGCCAAAAUGGAACCUGUGCCGCGUGAAGUGCUAGGGAGCGCAACUCGGGACCAAGCCCAGCUGUCCGCCUGGGAGCAGGAAGGUAACAAGAAGAACCCCACUUGCCACAUAGUCAGUUCUAGGAAGCAGACCUGGUCCCUGAAGUGAUACAGACUAUGUAAAGAACAACACAGAUCAUAGGCUUGCUUCUCUACACUUCUUAUAUAAUAUCCACAGUUUGUGAAAUAUGAAAGCACUCUCUGUUAGAAGGUGUAGGCUGAUGUUACAGCAAGCUCAGUCGGGACCCCUUGUAGCAAGGUUUUCGCAUGUGCUUUGAGGGAAGUGGGAAGUCUCACAACUUCAUAAAGUUUUCUUAUAGACCAUUGUGUAACUAUAAUAAUACAAUGGCAAAUCUAUGUAUUUUGAGACUAACAUUUUAAAAAAUGGUUGUGUAUGUCUCUAGACUCUUAUGGAAGGUGCUUGUUGAAUGCCAAAUUAUGAAUAAUUUUAAAGUGGGGAGAACAUACCAGUCCCUUGGUUUUCAUUCUAUUAGUAACAAUGCUGAAUAGCACUCUUUAGAUUAAUUUUCUCUGUCUCGUUGUGUUCAUCCGCUUGGUUGUCUUGACUGUAUGGAGCCUUGGUGGUCUACGUGGGAGUCUGCUAUUCCUUUUACUAUGUAGCCAAAGGGAUUUAGGCCUGAGUGCCAUUUCUUAAUAUGAUCUCUUCCACUAGAAACUGCAGGAAAAAGUAGAAACAGUGGACCCUUGAGCAAGCUGUUUGUGUCAGUUCUCUGGACCGCUGAAGUGCAUGUUCGUCCAUAAGGACUCUCCUUGUUAUCCCAAAGAGCUAUGACCUUUCCCAGUGCUUUCCCCUCAGAGUCAGCUGGAGACUGACUCUACCAUAGUCGUAAGAUCUGUGGGCUUGGAGUAUGGUCUGGAUUGAAGCAGUGACAGAGGGAGAGAGAAGAAAGAAUUAAAGAAUUAAAGAAUUAAAGAAAAAGUAAUAUCCAGGCUCAAGUCUGAUUGCUCUGGACUAGAAAAAUAUUAAAACUUGCAAAAGCAGCAGCAGCAGCAGCAGCUGUGUUGCUGUGAAGAAGAGAAGAAGCAAGAUUUUGCUUUUACUAUCUCAGUAACUGUUUAAAAUGUCAUAAAGCAGCCUUUUGAGUAAUACAGCGUUCUUCUCCAGGCCAAGAAAACUUGGUAUUGCAUGUAGGUACUACUGAAUAUCUUUUGAAGUUAGCUUUGUUCUGCCUUGCUGCUUAGGUUGCUCUUUGCCUGUGUUCCUCAUUCACCUAUACUGUGUGCCCUUUUUUAAUAAAACAAAUGCGUAAAUAGUUUCAGGCAUGUUUCCAAGCAGGAAGUAAUCCAGGAAGCAUUUUAUCAUGGGGAGGCCAAAUAAACAUUUAACACAUAAUGUAUCUUUAGAAACACCCAUAUUUGAACUCCUGUGAUAAUAAAAUUAUUGAUGAGAACCCCAGAUUUGCAUGCAACAUUCUUUCUUGCCAUUCCCCCAACCUCAUGUCUAGCCAACUUGCCUAGUUUGAGGCAAACCAUCAGUUUGCCACUUCAUCCAAACCAGCAGUCUCUGCUUUUCUUCAAAAUUGGAAAUUAGGCAAGGAAUUAGCAAGUGAGCCUGAGAUUCAGUCCAGCAUUGAACACAGGUUGGCAUAACCACUGAUUCCCCAUCUUCCAAGGUCUAUUCUGAAAAAUGAAUUAUGUAACUUUUAAUGUGCUUGUUCACACAUUUUUGAUUUUUUGAUGUUGAGAAGCAAUCAAACCUGAGAGUAGUAUUGUAGGAUGGGACAUACAGGCAGACAUACAGGCAGACAUACAGAGUACAGAUGCUCUACCCCCUUUCCCUCUUAAAAGCAGCAACAAAAAUAUACUUUAAACAAUAUAUAUAUAUCUCCAGAACUGUAAUCACUUUUCUUGUUCUUAAGUGAAGCUUUUGGUUCAAGAUGUAAAUUCUAGUGGUGUAGAAGGAUGUUAGGGAAUUUCUCAUUACUCUUGGUUCCAAGUAGAGCAUAAAACAGCCUUAGAUUAGUAGUAGAGAGGACUGGAGUCUCCAAGGGCACUUUGAGCAGGAUACAGAGAUUCUAGCUUCGUUAUGUGAAGCACGUCUGUUUGGAUCAGUUAGAUCCUUUGAGUAAUGCCUUGCAUGCCUGAAAAAGAGUUGUGUGCAAAUCAAGCUUGCUGUCAAUCACUGGAGUAACAUUUAUUUUUCUUGCUCUUUUUAGGUCUCCGACAGAUUUCCCAAAACAAAGUUGCUGUUCUUCUUCUAGCUGGUGGGCAAGGAACAAGGCUGGGUGUCUCAUACCCCAAGGGGAUGUAUGAUGUAGGCCUGCCAUCCCACAAAACUCUCUUCCAGAUCCAAGCAGAGCGCAUCCUGAAACUGCAGCAGCUGGCUGAAAGACAACAUGGCCUGAAAUGUGUUAUUCCAUGGUAAGCAACUUGGACUCUUCAGUCAUUUUAUCAGUGUUCUUCAGGAGCAAGUGGAAGCAGAUGAUCCCUGCUAGUGGUCUUUGUUUUGUUGGUUCAGAAGCUUUUGCUGCCUUGCUUUCAGGGCUGUAUCCAGCAGUGGUGUGAGCAGAAGACAGCUUGCCUGCGGAAGACAUUCUUUUCCCUUCCUCUCCAUCAUCAACCCCUACACACACUCCACCCCCCAAGAGUACUUUGGGGCCCUUCAACAGUGAGGGGUGUAUCUUAUAAAGUUGCAGUGCAAGGGUAAAAUAGCUAUAAGUUGGCAUAAGAUCUCUUGCCCCAGUUUUGAAUUAUUUCCUCUGAAGUUUUCUGGCACGUAUGGUUUCAGAGCCCAUAAGAAAGCUGUGAAAUAAUACUUGUGAAUGCAUGGCUUCUUUUGGCCCUUUGGGGAGGAAGGUUCCUACGUAUGUCUAGUAGCAAGGAAAGGCCACGAGCUUUGUAUCCCAUAAUAGGUGAACACUUUCAUUUUCCAACAGGCUUUGGGAAAGUGACUGCUUUUAGUUAAAAGGCUGGUGCCAUGCUGAUUUUAUUAUAAUUAUGUGUAUGCUUUAAACAGAUUUUAUAGAUUUAUUUAGUUUUAAUUCUAUUGUUUUUCAAUGAUAGAUUUUUCUAUGUUCGUAGCAGUUCUUGUUUUAUUUGUAAGCCUCUUUGAGUUCUGAUGUGGGGAAUGCAGGAUAUAAAUAUAUAAUAUAUGAUGAUGAUGAUGAUGAUGUUGAUGAUAUGAUAUGCUCCCUGUCUUAAUUAUCUAUUAUUCUCUUAUUUGUGCCAUUCAGGUAUAUCAUGACAAGUGGUAGGACAAUGGAAUUGACUAAAGAAUUUUUCCUGAAGCACAAAUACUUUGGCUUAAAGAAAGAGAAUGUGAUCUUCUUCCAGCAAGGGAUGCUGCCUGCUAUGGACUUUGAUGGGAAAAUUCUCUUGGAAGAGAAAGGCAAAGUUUCUAUGGCACCAGGUGCAACAUUUAUAGGAACCCUUUCCAAACCCAUAUUGGCAAUUGCCCCUCUUUGCUCUAGCAUUCAUCAGCUUCUGCUAUGUCUGUAAUUUGCUUCCUGUGACUUGAUGAGAAAAGGUGCUGAGGAAAGGGGCAGCUGGGGCUUCUGCUUAAUACCUGAGGCUACCAGCAAGCCUCUUUCCUACUCUCAUGUUUUGUUUCCCAGUCGUGUCCCUGAGCAGUCUAUGCAAAUCCACAGUCUGACAUGGCCUCAGUUAAAGAUGUCAUUUUUUCCUCAUUCUUCUUCACCCCCAUUAUGUCUUUCAAAAGCAACUCCUCCCUUUUUAUCAUUCAAAAAAUAGAACAGAUUGUGAUUAUAAAGAAAACAAUGUAGAAAAUAGGAAUAUCAUAAAAAAACCAACAAGACAUAGACUCCCAAACUUCAUAGAGAAUCAUGACAACCAGCAGCUAAGCUUGAAUAACACCAGUAACUAUAAUAAGGGAGACACUAGAAAUUUGCCAUCUAACUUGUAUUUUUGUGGCAUUGCGUAACAGGGCUCCAAAUUUGAUUGUUUCAGUAGUGACUAAGUUAACAAGUAUGGUUUUUUCCAAACUUUGAGCAACCGUUCUUUUUUUAUUUUUAUGAUUGUUCCAAAUAAGACCCUUCAGUAUCUUCCAAAUUCAGAAAGUUAACACAUAGAAGUUGCUCAUGCUUAUUCAUCUGGUUAUUUUUUAUUAGCUCAAUAAAAAAGCUUUCAGGUCAUUAUGUAAGGCAAUAUGUGAAAAUUCUUGAACCCUAUAACCAGGCCCCAACAUCACUUUGCCCUUACACAGUGCCAUCUAGGUCAUUUUCUCAAAGCCAACAUUUUCAGCUUCCAGAUACUUCAAGCAUGGAAAUGCUGAAUCUUGAAGACAUUUUCUUUCUGAUUUAACACUUGCGUUUAGUGUGAACCUUUAUUAAAAAGGAAGUUCCAUACUUCAUGAAAGAUUAGCUGUGGGGGCAUAGACUGUCAUUUGUGCAGCAGCCAUCGUGACUGCCCCAGCAUCUGAUAUGUUGUCCAACAAAUCUUUUAGUGAUUAAUGUUUGUGUUGUUUUUUUGGAUUGCCCAGCUGGCUGUUAGCUCAUCCAUAGAGCUGAAAUGCUUUUCUAUGUGGAGCUCAGUUAAUGGUUUUGCUUCUUACCUUUAAAAGCCCUAAAGGGAAUGCUGCCUCCUUUGUGGACCUCAGUGGCCCCUCAGAGUUUUGGACAAGGUCCUGCUGCACCCAGAGGAACAUUGGAGGCCAUGAAGAAGACAGACUGCCUCAGCUGAAACACCAUCAUUUGCAGAGCUCUCUCAAGAGGGGGGAUGGUUUUCUCUGACUUUUGUGUGUGGGCAGGACUUUAAAAAAAAAAUUGAAAGGCAUUUGGAAUAUAAGGUUUUCAGUGAUGCUGCUGAUAUUUUCUGUGUUACCAGUAAUGCUGAAUUUUUAGGAUUUUUACUGACAAACCUUAAGUAUGAUAACUUGUCUUUGUGGUGGGUCAUGUCAAAAAAAGAUACACAAAAACCAAUAUGAAAAAAUAACUCUUCUGACCUACUGAACUGCUUCCUUUUCUUCUCCCUUCCUAAAGAUGGUAAUGGUGGUCUCUACCGAGCUCUGGGAGCCCAUCAUAUUGUGGAGGACAUGGAAAAGCGAGGCAUUGGCAGCAUCCAUGUCUAUUGUGUUGACAAUAUUUUAGUCAAAGUGGCUGACCCUCGCUUCAUUGGCUUCUGUGUACAGAAGGGAGCAGACUGUGGAGCAAAGGUAACCCAUGUUGAUGCAGGCGGUAGGUUGUUAGGUUUGGGAAGGUGACUCUGUAAGACCUUGUGGGGGUGGAGUAGUGUUAGGUGUAACUAACUGCACUCUUUUAUCUUGUGAAUGGCUGCUUCACUGAACUGUCAGACUUUAGUUUUUAUUGCCUUUUGAUUCCACUGUUUCCCUCCUCUCUACUCAUGCAUGAAUACCAGCAGCUGAAAGCCACAGGGGGGAGAGUGGCUCUUGCGCUCGGGUCCUGCCUGCUGGUUUCCUGCCGGCGCCUGCUUGGCCACUGUGAGAACAGGAUGCUGGACUCCGUGGGCCUGAUCCAGCUGGCUCUUCUUAUGUUCAUAUUAUACUGUGGUACCUAAGAAUAGCAUCCAUGUAUGUUCAUGCAUAUGAUGAAGCCCACCAAGGUGUAUGCUGUAAUCCGUUUGUUGGCCUUCUAAGUAUAACAAAACUGUUGUUGUUCUUCUAUAUUAGGUUGUUGAAAAGACCAAUCCCACGGAGCCCGUUGGUGUGGUGUGCCGAGUGGGUGGCGUUUACCAAGUGGUGGAGUACAGUGAGAUCUCUCUGGCCACAGCGCAGAAAAGGGGUCCUGAUGGCCGGCUGCUAUUUAAUGCUGGGAACAUAGCCAACCACUACUUCACCCUGGAGUUUCUGAAAGACAUUGUCAAGUACGGGCAUCCUUUAGUCCUGAGAUGCACUCCUACAGGAGUGGAAUAGCUCUUAUAUAUCAUUUCCUUCUAUCUAUCCUCAUAUAUCUGCCAUUGCUACCUUCCUUUUGUGUCAAAAUUUUUUAGCAAACAAUGCCAGUUUAUACAUGUAGCGGAAUCAAGGGGUAAAUCUUUUCCUAAACUAUACUACCAUAUUUUUCCGUGUGUAAGACUAGGGUUGUUUUUUUUUUUAAAAAAAGGUUUAAAAUUGGGGCUCGUCUUAUAUACGGGUAUUGCUAAGGGAUGUUUUCUUAUUUUGGAGUCCCCCCAAAUGGGGGGGGCAUCUUAAACACGAGGGCGUCUUAUACACAGAAAAAUAUGGCACUUCAGGCAGCUGGAGACAAGGAGCUGCAUGUUUGAAUGCCCCCCUGGGGGGGGAGGGAGAACAGCGAAUUCUCGCUUUUUAACAGCAGAAUUCAGCUAGAUCUGCCUCCUUCAGAACAUGAUUCUGCAGGAAUUAGGAACUUGUGGCCCUGUUCUUAGACUGAAACUCACAUAAACCCCAGUCAGUAUGGCCAGUGGUCAGGGGUGAUAGAAGUUGUGAUCCAGUAACAGCUAAAGCGCCACAGGUUGCAUCCCAGCACUAUUGUUUUGGGUCCACAGAGGUCCCCCCCCCAAACCCCUGAAUCUGGCGAUCAUUCUAGCUAGAAAAAGCUUUACCACUUGAUUCUGCUAUGUGCAGAGUAUGUUCCCUGUUUCAGUUUAAAGGUGGAAAUGAAUGAGAACUGGGGCACUGGUUAACCGUUCUGAGUUUUUGGGGAAGUUCAGUGGCACUUGCUUAUGGAAGUGGCAAGGUUUUUUAAUGGAAGCAUUUUGCUAGGCCCACCACAAAGCUCUAACUUCCAGUUUCAAUGUUAUUUUGUCUCAAUCAGAACAGUAAACGUAGGGAAAAAAAAUAAUACUCUGGCUUUGCAUCAUAUGCUGAUUGUGUCCACACCUUAAAGAGAAUUGAUGAAAGAAAAUGGCCGCUAAUACGUAGGAACAGAGGUGUUUAGAGCUCCAUGUCAAUAGCAGAGGACCUGAAUUGUGCAUUAAAACCAUGAAGUUAGUAGUGGAGAUUUUGGCAUGCUGAUGCAGUCUGAUUGCACCGAGAUUUGUACUAGUUGCUGCUGGUGGGGUGUGUGGGGUGUGUGUGUAAAAAGUGGUAGUGAGUCGUAACUGCAGAUCAUCUGUAGAAAAUGGCACCUUCUACCUUUGCAGCCAAAAGGUAAAGCAAAGGUGUGGAUCAAAUAUCCUACACUUGGGAUAGGUGGCUUCUUUUGUGCCAGAAUAACUAGAUAUCAAGCGCCUUCUGCUGGAAAUACAUUAAUAUUCAAUGAAAACCUAAGAACUGCCUUGUUAUAUCAAGGUCCAUCUCAUUCAGUAUUGGUUUUCAGCUGCCGUGCAAAUGGUUCACAAGCCUGGCAUGAAGGUGAUGUCUUUCCCCAUUCUCUGUCCCCAACAUCUGGUACCUGGAGGCUUCAUUUAGCUAAUGACCCUUGAUUCCCUGUGUGCUUCAGACUCUGCUGACUCUUCCCUUGAUGUUUCAGUCUUUACGAGCCUCAGCUACAGCACCACGUGGCCCAAAAGAAGAUCCCGUGUAUAGAUGUAGCCACUGGAAAGCCUCUGAAGCCAGACAAACCAAAUGGGAUUAAGAUGGAGAAAUUCGUAUUUGACAUCUUCCAGUUUGCCAAGUAUGUCCUUUUGUGCUGCUCCUCUGCCUAGUCCUGAGAGUGUUUUGUGUUACCUGUUGCAACUUCAUUUUGGUAUGAUAGCUUUACUUUCAAAACAAGAAACCUAAUUUUGGAUCUUCACAGUUGUAGAAGGUACAAACUAUAUGAGGCAUGUCCGCUGGGAAGCUCAGCUGCUGAGAAACUAGCUGAGAUUAGCAAAGAGAGGAACUAAGUUAAUCUUGCAGUUUGGAGAGCAGAAAGAAGUACGUUGCAUGAGGAGUUGAGAAUAGAUUUUUACUUAUGGUUGAGGAGCAUUCUUGCAUCCUGAGGCUGUUGUGGCAACUGAUAGCACAGAGGCAGUCAUAGUAGGAAACCAGCAAGAGGGCAGGGGCCCUUCUUGGAGAGGAGAAUGUGGCCUGUAUACUAUACCUCUGCUAUGGUGCCAGGGUGAACUCCCAGGAAGGUCCCUCUUUGCCACAGUGCCUUCAGUUGUCCCUUUGUGUGUAAGAUUGGGACUGCCCUCGCAGCCUAGAAAGAGGGAAACUGAAAAUCUGCAGUCCAUUUCUGAAGACUGGGGAAAGAUUCUCUUUGCUUCUUACAAGUCCUUGGCCUUCGCCUUGGAAACUGAUGUCCAUGCUUGCGUGGCUGGCCUGUCACAGUAAAAUUUGAGGUAUUUGGGAACCUUCUUGAACUUUGGCUGGUUUCCUUCUAAUUUGAUGGAUUUAAAAAAAAAAAAAACUUACCAGAGCUGUCUCUGCUUUCUUGCUCUUCUAGGAAAUUUGUGGUUUACGAAGUGCUGAGAGAAGACGAGUUCUCUCCUCUGAAGAACGCAGACAGCCAGAAUGGGAAAGACAGCCCCACCACUGCACGCCACUCGCUGAUGUCACUGCAUCACUGUUGGGUUCUCAAUGCUGGAGGGCACUUUGUGGAUGAAAAUGGAAGACGGCUUUCUGCAAUUCCCCGGUAAGAAUAUUUAGGCAUUGCUUUAGCUUUUGCCUUCCGUCCCUGAGUAUAGCCUAUGGAAGUGGGUGUAGUGGCUGCACAUCUGGGAGAGUGUGCAAGGAUGCUGGAGGUUCCAGUUGAUCGGGUUUCUAGUAAUAUUCUACAACAGGCUCCCAUGUCCAUAAUAUCUCCCUUUGAUUGUAAUUAGCAUGGCUGAGAUAACUACACAGUGUGAGGCAACAAUCUUGAUUGAUGUACUUGAUCAUCACAGUUGCAUCUGUGUCAUUGGGGACAAGUGAAUGGAACCCCAGCAUUUAGGAAACUACUCCAGCCCUCCAUAAUUCAAACUGGAGCCAGGAUAUCCAAGCCUUUUUAGAGAAUAGCUGCUUUAGGCUCCCUCCUCUUCAGAUGUGGGAAGGUACCAGUGCCUUCGCCCUUUUAGAAUAAUAGCAGCAAGCAGAAGACAACAAUUUGUCUAUACCUUGAAGUGUGUUUAUAAAGUAUUUUUACCCCACUCUUUAACUGAAAAGGCUCACACAGUGGCUAACAAAUCAAUAGAAAAAUCCCAGACUUAAAAUCUAAAAGGCACAACACACCAGAAACAAAAGAUGGAGAGGAAGGGAGAAGGUGAACACAAGCACCAGUAGGUUAAAAAGGUAAAGGUAGCCCUGACCGUUAGGUCCAUUCGCAGACGACUCUGGGGUUGUGCGCUCAUCUUGCUCUGUACUCCGAAGGAGCUGGCGUUUGUCCGCAGACAGCUUCUGGGUCAUGUGGCCAGCAUGACUAAGCCACUUCUGGUGAAACUAGAGCAGCGCACGGAAAUGCCAUUUACCUUCCCGCCAGAGCUGUACCUAUUUAUCUACUUGCACUUUGAUGUGCUUUCAAACUGCUAGUUGGGCAGGAGCUGGGACUGAACAACAGGAGCUCAUCCCGUCGGGGGGUUUUGAACCGCCGACCUUCUGAUCAGCAAGCCCUACGCUCUGUGGUUUAGACCACAGCGCCACCCGUGUCCCAGUAGGUUACAGUGUUCUUAUAAUGACCAUCUGGAAUGGAAAGACAUCAAAAGAAGAGGAGAUAAUAUUAGCUGGUUUCUCAGCAGAGCUGAUGAAUUUACCAAGGCCUAGUAUCUAAUGCAGUCUUUGUCAGUCUUGGGUCCCUAGAGGUUGUUGGACUGCAACUCCCUAGCCAGUCAGGCCAGUGGUCAGGAAUGGUGGGAGUUGUCGUUCAAGAACAUUGGGGACCCAAGGUUGAGAGAGGCUGCUCUAAUGUAUGGUUUAGGAAACAGCUGGGAUAACAGCUUUAUAAUGGUUGAAUAGAAGCUGCUUGGCAGAUGAGCCUUGCUUGUACAUACUUGAGUGCCUCAACACAUUUGCUCAUAGGACUAGAGUGAUCAUCUCCUCAACUGCGUCCGUGCUUGGAGCUGGUGGAAUUAAAAGUUUUCUGGCUGGGGGAGUUAUGAGGGGUCUUGGAAUCAUACUGAAUUUACAUGAUCAAGAUUAAGUUUGUGGGAGACUGCGUCUCUUGCAUAGAAACAUCUAUGUUGUUCUGAAGAGAGUGGAAUUGAGUGAAGUGGUCUACCACACUCAUGGCACAUGCAAAACAAUUUGUUUAGUUAGAAGUAGAAUCCUAAAUAACGUGCCACUGUCGUUCAGUUCAGCCAGCAGUGGCCUCCAAGGUCCCUUAGGAGCCAUCUCAAUGGAAUGAGCCCAACCAACCAUUGCACAGUGGUACCUUGGUUGUUGAACUUAAUCAGGAGCUUCCUGCACUCAAUCGGAAGCCGUUUCGGAUGUUCGGUUUCCAAAAAACAUUCGCAAACCGGAACACUCACUUCCGGGUUUGCGACAUUCGGGAGCCAACUUGCUUGGGAGCCAAGCCGUUCGACAGCCAAGGUACCAAGAGACUCAGGAAAGUCUGCUGUUUUGAUUUGGCAUAUUCCCCAGCUUCAUUUCCCUUCUCAUUAAUCCUUUUUCUUCCCAUGUGACAGUUGCACUAAUGGAAGGUCUGAUGCGAUCCAGGCGGAUGUCAGUCACAAGUAAAUAUACUAUCCUGGACGGGUGGAGGUGCACGGUGAUGGCGCUGCGCUUGGCACUGACUAACAAUCCUUUCUGCAGCAUGCAGGGUCUCGGUGCUCAGCCUGUUCUGUUUCAUUUUCUAAGGGAGUGGGUUGUUGUUGUUUGUUGCUGUGGUAAACACGUCUCUUGGGAAGGGUCUGGUAGCUGAGGUGAAUGCUGGGGAAAGGUGCAUGUCUUGACUGUGUAGAGUCCAGGAGGUGAUGACGAGUGAAACUGAAGAGUAACCUGGCCACAUUCCUUUGAGAAAUCUGUGAAUCUGAAAGGCUUAACUGGGAGCUGAUGGCAUAUGACCCUGUGACUGCUUUUAUGGUGUACCAAGACAAGAGGUUUAAUGAAAAUGAGCUGGUAGGGCUCUCAGUUUUGCAUGCAGUGUAGUAUGCACUGCGUUUUUGCCAGGCUUAGAGUCUGUUUUUAAGUUUGCCAGAAGGCUUGCUUAUGUUUUGGAAGGCAGAGUGACACAGUGUAGGUAUUGCUUUUGCCAUGUUUGAUCUCUGCUAUAGUUCUGUAACUACUGUGAGCUACUGUGCCCAUCGGUCAUCCUGUUUUCUCACGUAGACUUCAUUUCCAGAUCCCAAUGAGAUUCUAUUAUUAUUGCUAUUAUUGUUCUGUGCCUAAGGGCUCAGUAUUUUAAAAUGGAGAAGACUGUUCACAGGAAGAAAUUUCCACACAAAACUUGUGAAAGCCAUUUUAAAACAAACUGGCAAGAGAGUCAACUGAGAAUCUAGUGUUUCUGCAUAGUUACGAACAGCGCUUCUGACAGAUUUAGCUCUAUAGUUUAUGUGAAUUUAAAAAACAUAUACACAGCACCUCUGAGAAUUGCAAUGCUUGCGUGCAGCUGCACUGUAUUAACAAGUGAGAGAGAAACCCUUCUCUGCCAAAGGAGGUGGGCAAGAACAUUAUUGCAAGCAAGGCUGCUAAGCCAGCCCAAGACGUGUGCACUUUGCUGUCUCCCUAGAGCACCAUGGCCUGGUGGAAUAAGCAGCGCUGAGCUAGCUAGAUGGACCAAUAGUCAGGUUUCCUUUUGGGUAUCAUCAUACAUUCUACUCUACUAAUUUUACUGUUAGGACCACAAAAUCUAGCAAAAUGGAUCACUUGCUGGAAUUUCUUGUGACUUUUGACCUGGAACAAAGUACUUAUGAAUUCCUUGAUUGUGAGCCGAAGCCUUUAUGGGCCACUUAAAAUAGCUUUUGUCUAAUUUCCAACGUGGAAAGCACAUGUGCACAGGAGUUUGCAAUUGUGCAAGCAGACUUUCAUGCCUUGUUUUUGUUCUGAAACCCAAAGGGCUGUCAAACAACUGCCCCUUUUAUUCAGUUAAAUUGAAAUCAUUUGCAGUACCAACAUUUUCACAAACAGCUACCAGUCAUAGUUAUAAGGAAAGACUACAUUUUUUUAAAAAAUGCACUCCAUAUUAUACUAACACCAGAACCAAAAUAACACCUGAGAACAUAAUGACAUUGUCUUAAACUCUGAGCCUUGCUGAUUUAAAAUUUGUGUCUCUUGGAUUCGACAACUAAAGCUUUAUGGUCGGUUGAGCUACAAUUUUUAAAUCCAGAACCCUCAUAAAUUGUCUGAAGAUGGAAGGCACAAUGCUUGAAAUGAUGUACAGUGAUACCUCGGGUUACAAACACCUCAGGUUACAAACACUUCAGGUUACAGACUCCGCUAACCCAGAAGUAGUACCUGGGUUAAGAACUUUACCACAGGAUGAGAACAGAAAUUGCUGCAGCAGCGGGAGGCCCCAUUAGCUAAAGUGGUACCUCAGGUUAAGAACGGAUUCAGGUUAAGAACAGACCUCCGGAAUGAAUUAAGUUUGUAACCAGAGGUACCACUGUAUUAGAGUGGGUUUUUUAAGCAAAUGGUCUGCUCAGUUUAAUAUUGAUGCUCAUUAAUAAGAAGAUAUGUAUGUGAAAGGAGCAGUGAGGUUUUAAUUUUUUUACUCCCACUUCUCAAUUGCCAUUGGUGUGUGUGUGUGUGUGUGUGUGUGUGUGUGUGUGUCUCAGGGCACAAGCUUAACUAACCUCUGUGGAUUCAGGUGCUGGAGCUGCUGCAUGGGUGCCAUCUUAGUUUCCUUAUUGCUGCUGAACUGUUUCCUUGGCAGGAGCUGAGGAAAAGGCUAAUCCUUAACAAAGUGACAAGAGUGACUACCUUCCUAAUUGAAACACGUGUAUCUUGUCUGAUUUGUUUAUGUUUUUCUCCCUCGCUUUUUUUCUUUAGUCUGAAGGAUGCCAAUGAUUUCCCAAUUCAGUGUGAGAUUUCUCCUCUUGUUUCCUACGGGGGUGAAGUAAGUUGAUGUGGCGUUCUCUCUUUCUCUCCCCACCCCCAUCCAGUUUGAAUUUGUAAUUCCCCUGUCUUAAUGCUCAGGGCAGAUGGCAAGGCUUGAAGUAAACCACAGGAAGGUAUGCUAUGCACGCCUUAUACAAAUGAACUGGUGGCUGUCCGUCCUUGGCACUGUAGCGAAGAAGGGGUAAGAGGAGCCUAGAGAGCUGGCACGAGGAAGUCAUCCUAUCUUGUAGAUGCAGGCGCGAGUUUAUCUGGCCAUUCAAACAGUGGUGUAAGUCAUGGGUAGGCAAACUCAGGUCCGCAGGCCCAAUUGCCUUCUGGAUCCGGCCCGUGAAUGGUCUGGGAAUCUCUGUGUGGCUCGCCAGUGCGCGUGUUCUUUCCCUCCCACUCGACGCCUCCUCCCUCCUGGCUUCUCCCCGCCCUGCCUAGAGGAGGAAGGGGGCUGGGCUUUGUUGGUGCCAGCAGCACCAAUGCUCGAGCGGGUGCCAUUUUAAGCAGCCCCUCUUCGGAGCCCUUUUGUGCGCCGCUCAUCACCCCUCCGCUGCCAGCCCCUGCCGCUCGCAAGACACAGGUAAGCAGCCACCAGGGCUUGUGGUGCUCUUGCACCAUUCCCCCCCCCUAAAAAAAUAUAGUCCGGCCCCCCACAAGGUCUGUCACGAGUCUUGUACUCCCAGCAGGGUCACCCAAGGCGGUAAGGUCAAAGGGGAGGAACUAGACCUGUGGUUCCCAACGUGGGGCUCACCACACGCCCCACAGGGGGGUAAUUUGGUUUUUAAGGGGGUAAAUUGAGAAUGAAUUAGACCAAGUUAAUGGCCUUUUAGGUUUCCUCCAUGUGAAUAGGUGUUCACUUUUUGAAUAGUAAGAAUUAUAUGUGACCAGGGGGAGGAGCAUUAGGAUUUUAGAGAUGCUUAGGUGGGGCAUGACCAAAAAAAGGUUGGGAAGCACUGAGCUGGACAUAGAAUGAUCCUAGAAGUCCUCAACGGCAGAACAGGCGGAAGAUAAAAAGCGGUAUGUUACAACGACCGUGAAGGCGAAUGAAGGCUGCAGCAGAUAAGAAUCUACCGGUCGUUGUGAUACUCAUGCCAUUGGAAUAGAGCCCUACUGCGAAGACUGUGCGUUGGUCAGCGUGCACUGAUCUACACACAUAAAACAAAUUUUUGGAAAGUUGGAUAAUUAUGAUAACUAAUGGUCUCAGGGGCAGGGGGCACAUUUUUAUUUGUAUUAUUAUUACUUUGCUUAAAAAAAAAGAAAAAAUAAAGAAAUACAUCUUCUUCAACUGUGCAAGAGGAAUGUCAGAACUUUAUUUGGCUUUUCUAGCCACUUGCUCUGUGUUGGACAUGGAAGGUGUAAAUGAUUAAUCCGGAGCUUGAAACUCUGACAUGGCUGCUAAUUUGUCUGUAUAAAGUGUUAUAUGCCAAGUAUUUCUGGCAUACUGUUAUCUCAUUUAUUGCCAUAACUCCUAUGUGGAGAUCAUAAAUAGUUAUGUUUACAGGUGGGGAUGUAAAGUUGAAUGGUUCUUGUCUGAACAGAAAUUUGAACCUGGUGUUCCCAAGUUCAGAGCUGCACUUAAGUUUUGACUCCCUAGCCUUUAGUACUACUAAAUCUGCUGUGCCCAGUUUCUGAAUAUCUGUUGCUGCUUUUAUUCUCCUAGGGCCUGGAGGAAUACGUGAAGGACAAAGAAUUCCAUGCCCCUUUGAUUAUCCAUGAGUUGGUGAAGAAUGGAUUGUGAGAUCCCCCUGCUCAUCUUUCUGGUCUAGAACUUGUUGUGAUCCUCGGUUGUCAGACUGUGAAUAUUCGAAUUAAAGUUUCAGUAUCACCCUGUGGGUUUUUCACUUAAAUUGAAUUCCCUCAAAAUCCAGGACUUGGCUGCAGUAAGAAUGGAUGUAGUCCUUUUCACGCUUUUUAUCUUGAGGAUAGCUAUUUAUAUAACUUUUAAUUUAAGGGUAGUAACACUUAAAAUAGCAAGGAUGCUACAUUUCAUUCUACAGGACUUCAAGGCAUUUUGUAUCAAAUCCAAUGGUAUACCUGCAAAAAGGCUUUAUGGUACGGGGUUUGAGUUGGAGAAAUUUUAUUUUUCUCAAAUAUAUGUGACUUUUAAAAAAGUGAUGGGAUUUUAUGGCUGCCCAUAUUGUGCUUUUAUUAACAGUUGUAUCUUGCAAAGGUUGCACAGUUGAAAGAAUGUUGAAGAGUGAAACUGGAUUAAAUUGUCUCCCCCCCCAAAGCUGUGUUUCCUCGAACUUGUUGAAGCUGCUUCUGAAUUUCCACUGUUUGUGUGGGGCGGCGGCUGACCCUGUACCUCCACGUGUUUCACAUGAGAUUGUAUAAAUGAUCCUUGCAUGCAGUUUUGUGCGUAGAGCACACUGCUUCUGGUGAAGAUAUGUGUACUGGGGUAUUAAUGCCAAAUACCAUCAGUUAGAGGAGGGAUAGAACAGGAUUCCUUGAUGGGGUAAUGUGGGCGUAACAGGGGAUUAUGAGGACACUGUCAAGGAGCAUUCGGUCCACCCAGAGCUUUGGGGAAGGAGCCAAACAAAGGCUUUGUGUGCCUCUCCAGGUGCCUGCUGUCCCAGUUUGACAACCAAAAUGAAUGUCUCAUUCCCCUCCCCACCCCCGAAUUAUUUUUAUUAAUACAGUUUCUUAAAAUCAGGUUUCCUGCUCCUGUUCCAAACAUAUGAUCAUCAUUUCCUCACACUGCCACAUCAUUUUGUAUUUAGAGUCCAAUUAACACCAUUCACUUGCUGUUAAACCAUUCUUCCAGCUGGCCACCUUUUUUACUUUACAAACAGAACCUCCGUUACAUCUUAUAAAUAAAUAUUCUAUUUCACGUGUUGUUCCAGACCUGGUGUGCUGGGAAAGUUAAUUACUAUCUUCCUUUGUUCAGUCUUUGGAGUGUUUAUCUGGUCACAUUCCAUUCCUUUCAGUAAUUACCGACUCGCAUACCAGCUGUCACCAUAAAUAACUCACAGAGUGCGUAUCCAAACUGUGCCAUUAAAAUUCCACUCUGGAGUUCUUCCUCGGCACACAGCUGAAAGCAAGAUCUUCUCUCAAAUUCAGCCUCUUUGCCACAUCUGUUCGGCAGCAGUUCAUUCCCAACUGCAUUACUCCAUCAGCACUCCUAGUCCAGUCCAGGAAUAAUUUUAAAGUCCAUUCAGCCUUGGUUGGGGGGGGGGGGAUCUUAGUAAAACCUUGUUAAAUUCUUUGUUGAGCAUAAAUCAAAAUCCUUCCCCCCUCUUUUCUGAAGUAACAAACAGAAUAGCACAGCAGCGGCUACACAUGUCUCUUUCAUUUUGCAGGGGAGGACAAGAACAAGGAGACCAUUUGAAAACCACAAGAAAGCACAAAGCACCUUGUCCUCCCCCUUCCUUUCCCGGCUGUUCUCAAGCUUCAAAGAAAACAUUCAGAUACCUUCAAAGAACCAAGCCCAGUCCUUUGGGCAGCUGACUGGUUGCGGCAUUAGCAUUAGCAUAUAUCGGUCCAGGAGUGCCUCUUGAUUAAUGUCAAUUGUCUGAAUUAUGGAGGAACCAACCACAAAUUAGCCAGAGAUGGAGUCUCGUCCAUGGCAGGGACACACUCCCAGGCCAUACCCGCUGUGCAUUUCAAGUUGGCAAACACAGGCUUGCGCGGCACAGCGGGAUGCAGUGAGCUCCUCAGAACCCACUGGGGAACACUGCCAGGAUGUUUGCCUCAUAAAUCCUGGCUUUCCCCUGCCUGAAUCUCCUUCGGUGUCUCCAGAGGGCACGGAGGAGCAGCCACCACUGAAUUUGUGAUGUAGCUGGAAACCUGAAUGUCUCUCAUUUUUUAUGUCUCAACACUGGAAGCAUCGCCAGUGUUGUUGUUUGCUGGAGUUUAAUCUUUAGGGGCAGCAGUAUGUGGCAUCAAAUAAAUCCGAACUGUAUGCCAAGGAAACUUGUCAUCUGUAUGAGAAAAAAGUCUUGUGCUCCUAAAAGAUUUGUGCAAAUUUGUCAUGAAAGUAUUUAAUUUGUGUCAGUUGCAACACUGAAGUUUUACAUAAGUGAAUUCAUUUGACAAGGGCUGAAGGGAUGCUGAGCAGAGAGGGGGAGAAAUUUUUCCCCCCUGUUCUCCCCCUCCUAUGGUCCGGUGCGUCUUAUGGUCCGGUGCGCCCUAUAGAGCAAAAAAUAUGGUAGGUGCCGUUCUGUCGGGAAGGUAAACAGCCUUUCCAUGCACUGCUCUGCUUUUGCCAGAAGCGGCUUAGUCAUCCUGGCCACAUGACCCGGAAGCUGUACGCCGGCUCCCUCAGCGUAUAGAGCGAAAUGAGCGCGCAACCCUAGAGUCGUCCGCGACUGGACCUAGAAUCAUAGAAUCAUAGAGUUGGAAGAGACCACAAGGGCCAUCGAGUCCAACCCCCUGCCAAGCAGGAAACACCAUCAGAGCAUUCCUGACAUAUGGUUGUCAAGCCUCUGCUUAAAGACCUCCAAAGAAGGAGACUCCACCACACUCCUUGGCAGCAAAUUCCACUGUCAAACAGCUCUUACUGUCAGGAAGUUCUUCCUAAUGUUUAGGUGGAAUCUUUCUUGUAGUUUGGAUCCAUUGCUCCGUGUCCGCUUCUCUGGAGCAGCAGAAAACAACCUUUCUCCCUCCUCUAUGUGACAUCCUUUUAUGACAUCCUUUUAUGACAUCCUUUUAUCCUCCUCUAUGUGACAUCCUAACGGUCAGGGGUACCUGUACCUUUACCUAGGCUUUUUCCAGAUCUGCCUUACUGCCCUAUGUUUCUAAAUCUUGAGGGAGAGCAUAAGAAGCAGAAUGCAGAAAGAAUUAGACAUCCUACUUACACUCAAGAAGAAGAAAUCUUCAUUUUGCCGGAAAACAUCAUUACUUCUCACAAACCACCUCCUUUCUCCUGAACUAUCUUCAAAUAGUUGCUCUUCCCAAAGUCCUCAGCCAAGUCACUCAGCAGGGGGACGUGUCGCAAUGGAGGCCCUGACCCUGUUGCUUUAGCUACCUUGCUUAACGAUGUGAAUUGUUCCCCUUAACAUUAAUUUGUCAAACAUAUCUUCCAGUGGGUUUUUAUUUUAUUUAUUUAGGAAGGAUCUCGAGCUGGCUUCAUCCAGCACGGUGCAUUUCUGGACAGGACAGGAAACACCUUGCAAACACACACUUUUCAACGUGGCGGUGUCACCAAGGAAAAACACUCCUGGCCUAGACUAUGGCUGUUGUUUCUCAAUUAAUAGUAAAAAAUGACCCUUCUCAACAUCCUGUAAUAAUCUGUCCAGUAUUAGGAUGGACAGGAGCAGGACUUCACCCUUAGACCUCCUCAUCCCCCUGUUUCUUUCUGUUUCUGCCCAGUGUCUUCUGCGAAUCAACAGCUUUCCUUAGGUUGCAAUGAAGUGAAAUGUUAUGAGUUUCUUGGUGCCAGACUCCCCUUUGCCAUGAGUUUCUGGGUGCCAGGCGCUGAACCCCUGGACACUGAACAUCUGGGGAAUUGAUCUAAGCCAUGUUUAAAUGUACCCCAAGCUCUACAUUUGAUGGUUGGUUAUUAAAAACUGAUUGAAACCAUUUUAUUUCAUUCACAAAAGAAAUUUUGACAUGUGAUUAUGAUAACAGUUUAUAUAAUAAAGGUGACACGUUUAUUGAUCCUUUUUGUAAGUUAUUAUUUGUCUACUUUAAUGUAUUUUUAAUAUAUAUUAAUCAGUAAGGGGGUGGGGUGGGAAGCAGUUUUGCAUAUGAAACUGGUGAAUGGCUG